UCACAUUUUACAGAAUCCUAUUUAGAAUCUUGAUCAAAUCAUUUCUAAAAAGUAAUAAAUUGAUAUAUAUUUAAAUUUUAUAGUUUUUUCCUACAAUUAUUUUACCAUUCUUCUUUUCCUUUAUUUAUAAUAUAAAUUAUAUUUAAAAAUUAUUUUUUCUCAAAUUUCCAAUAACGCAAAUCUAAAUCUACAAAAUUUCUAUGGAAAACUAUUAAUUAGUUAUUUCACCUAUUUCGUAUAAAAUGAAAAUUAAUCUAGAAUCUCGAAUUCGAUUGAUGCGCUAUUAAAGUAACAAGGUUCGACAAAUAGCAUCGAUUGUGUGCACGAUCCGCAGCAACUUUAAUUUGUUCACUCGCGAGUUUUGUUUGCAUACUUUUAGCGUAUGCCGCGUAGAAAUUUCGUUUCGUCGAAUUCGGGUAGGUAGGUGGGUGAAUAUAGGUCGUCCUGUACCAGAAACACGUGAUUUGUAUCUUCUGCGAACGGAUUCGUUGUUAAAAGUUUCGAGACUAAUUUUGAGUCGUAAUUGUCGGAAAGGCUGACACAUUGCAGAUGACGGUGUGUGAUAAAAUUGCGGUUAAUGUACCAACAAGGCAGCAAGAGCGAAAGUGAGUACAUUUAUAUAAAAUUUGGGAAAUUUAUUAUAUAUAUGCUUUCAAAUAUUCUCAAUAUCGUGAAUGUUAUUUCAAAUUAAUUUCAUUAUUUUUGUAAUAUCAUUAUUAAUGCUUUCUUCAGUUGUUGACAACAAAAGAAUUUUAUUUUUUGUAUAAAGAUAUUCUAACUAUUAGUUAACAAUAGCUUGAGUAAUAAUUAUACAGCCUAUUUUAUUUUAUUAAUUUCAAUGUCAACGGAAUACAGAAUUUACUGCCCAUCCCUCAAUUUUGUCCCUUUGGUGCAAUAAACCAAAUCAAAUAAAAAGAAAGAAUUCUGUAUUUUAAAUAUUCUGCAUUUUGUUCACAAAAUGUUUCAUAUUUGAUAAAUGAAAUGCUAAAGUUAGAAAUGCUAAAGUGCGCAUGAACGACAGAACACAAUAUGUCGCGCAAUAUGUACAAAAAUAUUCAAAGCAGAUUCUAGAUCGUUUCUUUAAACCAGGAACUAGCAUCUUUGAACGAAGCGAUCACCGCCACCCUGUCACCUACCACGAAGCCCGCAGUUGACCAAGGCAAGGUCAAUGCACCGUUUUCCGUGUCAUCAUCCAAGAUGGCGAUUCCGAACAGCCGAAACUUCGCCAACUGCUACAUGGAACUGUGCAAACAACAACGUCUUCGUCCCUUGCCAGUUAUCUGCGUGACACUGCCCCAUAGUUUAGAUUUCACCACCGAUCGCGUCAAAAUGGACGACUGGGGCCCCAUUUUAAAUUCUCUGUCGCUUGAUCGUAGCCUACGAUCAAUUAGUGUUCGCAGCAGGUAUCAGUGUCGGAAACCAUUGGAAGAAAUUAACUCGGAAGACAAGGCUAGAACGAUGGGCAAGGCACCUGUCGUAUUGUCUCGAUAUCUCUUAGAAUGGUUGUCGCAUAGCGUGGCUCAGUGCGUUAGAAACUCGCCGGUUCUAACUAAUCUGGAGCUGGAAGGAAUCCCUUUUCCGCCAGACUGCUUGGCGGUGCUUUGCGUGGGUCUGUCACACACGCACACGCUCCAUUAUCUCUCUCUUCAGCGUUGUUACAUCGGUGACAGCUCUUGCGAAGUUUUAUGUCGCACGGUGGCCGACGUCCCAAGCGUCAGGUCACUGAAUCUCAGCUACUGUGACUUAACGUGCAAAUGUGGGCCAGCCCUGGCAGCAGCGUUGUGUAGACAAAAGUUGUUGCUCUAUCACGAUACUUGGAAGCAAUCACUCAGGUACCAAGAGCCGAAUCUCGAGGCAAUGUCUGGGUUACGUCGUUUGACCCUGAACGAUAAUCCUCAAUUGGGUGACGCGGCGGUGAUCGAACUGAUCGAAGCAGUGAGAGACAGUCUUUGGCUGAAGGCGUUGGACCUGCAGCGCUGUGGAUUGACCGAUAAGAUCGGUAAAGAUCUUCUGGAACUACUGGAUCAUAAUAACACUCUGAGUAUUCUGGACGUUAGACAAAAUGCGAACUUGAACGAGGCACUGAUAAAGGAGGUGGUCAAGAGGCUGGAGGAGAAUAACGUUGAUACGAAGUCUGAAUACCGAUGGCUGGGUUUACCACAACACGAUCGAAGAGUGGUAUCAGCAGGUACUGGAAAGAGGAACGAGAAUGUGAAUCACGGAAAACCUCCGAUCAGACCACGUAGCGCUAUAACAGAGUAUAAGAGGACUUAUCAGUCUGCACGGAGAAAGACAGUUAAUCUGGUGAAUGACGCGAAGAAAACGAAAAUGAGACCUCACGUUCCACCGUAUAAGAACAGACAGCCACACCAUCAAGAGCAACAGCAGAUCGUUCAAAAUGGUCAGACCAAGUCGAAGAUAUCUCUCCAUUUGGAUCUCCAGUCUCACAUACAACCUGUGAUGGGCGAUGCUUGUCAAAACAAUGUUCAAUCGUACACGGAUAGUGUUCAGGCUGAUACCGACAGAUCCUCUUCGAAGAAUUUAGAACUAAUAAAGGUCGAUGUUGCGACGCAGAUGACGGAUGAUCUAGAGACGGAGGAUUCCGUUAGAAUUCAGAAGAUCCAGAUUCAAUUAGCUGAAGCAAAGGCUGAACACGAUCGUCUUCUCGAAGAUACGAGACGAAGCGGGUUAUUGCUGGCUGAAGAACGAGGGCGACGCGAGGCUGCCGAGGAGCAGUUGAACGAGAUGAAGAACAAUCUGGCUGAGCUGGAGAACGCUUUGAAAGAGAAGGAACAGGAAACGAGCGGAUUUCUGUUGCUUAGCCAGCAGUCUUUUGAUGAGAUUUGCAGCUCCUUCGAUAGAUUGCUGAACAUGCUGGACAGCGUGACGAAAACUCCGAGCGCUAAUAGGAGGGACACGACGGAAGCCGCCAUUGUCAAGGCAGAUAUAAAGAGACGGGUCGCUUCUGUCAUCAGGGAAACGAAAUCGGAGAAUCUGAGGCGAGGAUUCAUCGUGGACAUCGACGAGGACGACUCGGUCAGGUACACGGAGCCGAUCAAGAAAUUUGCCAAGUCGGAAAGUGACAUGAGAUCUGCGUUACCACCGAUAUCGACGUAUCAUUUGGAAAGAAAUAUAGGAGAUAGUCCAGAUAUAGGUUCACCAACCUUACAAAGGGUUCCACGUAACGAAAAGCAUGUGAUGUCUCCCAGAGCGAGGGCUAGGGCGUUAUUCGCCCAAAUUAUUCAAGGGGACACUGUGCUUGAUUUUUACAAUCAUAUGGAUUAGCAUUUAUAUAGAUUCGAAAAUUGGGAGUAAGAUUUAAAAACGAGAUUGUGUACAGUGUAUAGGCGCAUAGCUUUUAUAGAAAUAAUAUAGGUAGAUAUACACGUAAUGAAGAAAACGCACAAGUACACACGCGUCGAACAUCGAUUCAUAAUCUGAAUUUGCAUAAUUAACUAUCGGUCUAGUAACUACCGUGGAAAAAUGGAACUAAGAAACGAAAGAAGAUACAAGAAAAGAAAGAUGAAAUAUUUUAUAAAUUGAUUUUAGCAGAAAAUUUGCAGGAAAUAUAUAUAUAUAUAUAUUUGUAUCGAAGUGUCAAGCUUCGCUUUUCGAGGCGGAUUAACAAUCGCACCGAAUUAAAACAAUUCCGAUGACAGAGCUUCUAUGAGCUCUGGAACGUAUCGCGAAUCGAUAACUAACGAGAAGCCGCGUUGGUACCGAUUUGUACAGCUACGUAUUUUUUCUUAACUUAUUAUAAAUGGAAUAAACAGCAUUUAUUCCUUUCAACGAGUAUCAUAUCGUUCACGCGAAACAUGCGUAUUAUAAUUAGCUCACGCAAAAAUUUAAUUCUUCCGUUCGGCCAUAAUAUCGAUAUCGUUUCUCUUGUUCUCAUUGUGCUACACCUUCCGUGAAAUUUCCCCCGAAAUGUGGGUCAGCAAUGCCUCCAACACUAUCAUCGAAGGUUAACGUGCAAAUAAAGCUCGAUCGAGCUUACACAAUUUCAAUAUUCGAUCUAUAUCCGGAUAUAGCCGCGAAUGGAUAAGAAAGGGCCGAAAGGAUAAAACGUCUUGUUAAACUACACGAGACAUCUUAUUAGCGACUAUCCUACGAUGUCACCCAAGACUGAUAUUUACGUAAAUACGAAACUAAAAUAAAUUUAUUAUUCAUCUGGAUUUCAGUACGCGUUCGGUUUUAACAAAAGACAAUUAUCCGUAAUCGAUUGUUUCGACGAUCAUACUGACAUUAUCAAAUCGUAGUGUUGUUUCAAAGCGUUUAUUUAUAGAGAAAUUACAGGAUCACGAAUCGUCUCAAUCUUUCUAUGAUUCCAGAAUAUAAGAAAUGUAAUGCUCUGUGUAUAAAUCGUUGCAAAAUUAGUCAGUACAGCUGACUUCGUUUAACCGUCUAUAAAUUAAGCUUGUUACCUCAUGUACAAUGCUGCCUCAGAUUACCACCUCUGUAACUCAGCUUUUCUAAAAAUAUUCGAACAUUUUAUGCAGAAAAUUCUUCUUUUAUUUCAUGUUCGUACAUAUCAUAAAGAGUAAUUAUACCAUCGUGCAUAAUUGCGUAGGAAUGAACGGAAUUCUUUAACCUGUUAAUGGGAAAAGAUGAGUUAACUCGUCGCUUUUCAAUCUCUUGGACACAAUAUUUAUGGAUUUCCUGUUUUUAUAUUAUAUCGUGCUAAAAAUGAAUUAUGUCCUAUUUAUAUUUAACACAAUUAAAAUCGAUUAGUCUGAAGUUGACCUUCCGUCAUUAAUUUUUAAUUAAAGGAUGACUUGCUUAAUAGGUUAAUCCUAUCCAUUCAGAAAUAUUACUGCAGAAUUUUAUUACAAAGAAUUUGAUGUGAUGUCGAAUAAUUUAAUAUCUUUUAUCUUGAGAUAUAUAUAUCUAACUUUUUCCCUCGUUUUCUAAGAUCUAAGGAACAAUAGAUAUCUCCGAGUUAUCUCUUUUCAAUGAUUUUCAAAUAUCCUAUUCUUGAGAGGAAUAAUCGUAUGUAUAACCACGAGAUAUAGUAUAUAUUUAAGUAAUAACUACACCUGCAAUAAGUAUUUACACGUAUUCACAUCUUUCAAUAAAUUUUCCGUCUUUCUUAUCAGUUUCUACAUUUCACUUUCACAGUAUCAAAUUCUUGUAGUCAUGUGAAGGCAGUACUAAAUGAUACGAAAUUUAUUAUGCCAAUAUACUAAUAUACUGGAUCUAAUUAAAUGCUAUAGCAAAUACAGUAAAUGUGCAAACGCUUAUAGCCAGGAGGCAAAAAGGAAACAAUUCAAGUUACAAUUUGUUACAGUUAAUAGUUGAACAUUAAUGAUAGAAGAAUAAACUGGAGCAAUCAUAUCAAAAGAUACACGGUGAGAAAAGAAGGCGAUAAUUUCGAGAAAGCUGCGGCUAUCGACGCCGAGCAUCGUCGGCACGCUCGCUGUCGCUUUUAACGUUCACCCCUUGGCGCUCUAUGGAUUUUCCAUUAGUUCCAACCUGAGUACUCGGUUACCUGAAAAACGGUCAGCCACGGGCUACUAGUCAAAGGUAAUUUUUCAUGAUAGAUCACGCUCGGCGUGGCGUGUCGCGAGCGCGCUUGCUCACGACGGCGAAAAGUAUGCUGCUGUGCAGCAGAAGAUCAAACGUGCCAACAACGUCGUCGCCUCUCUUGCUCUUAUCGUUGUUGCUCCCGAUGAAUCGCCGAUUAUCGAUCGUUAAGCCCUCGCUGUUACCUUUAAUCCCCCUCCAUGACUGACCACAUGGAUCCAUUCGACGAUUCAUCGUGCCUUUGCGUCAC